AUGCUUGAUACCAACAUCUACAACUACCAGACCUCUGUUUCGCAAGGAUUAGAUUCUCCAUUUAAUAGUCUGUUUAACUCUGCCUCCAGCUCCGCUUUCGGUCACAAUCAUCUUGUAGCUGAAGUGCCAUUUCUUAAGCAUGAAGUUAUGGAAAUAAAAACAACGAUUACAGAGUUAAAAGAAAUGAAUAAACACAUGGCUGGUCAUUCAGGGAUCCAAGGUAUGUCUGGUUCUACUGAUCAAGAAGGCAACACGGAAUUAAGAAACCUAUUCAGCAAUAUCUACACUGAGGAGAAGAAAAAGGCUUUGUUACAGAACCCGAAUUGUUUCAACCAACAUGUUAAAGCUAAACCCUUAGGUGUCUCUGCAAAGAACCAGGUCAUUGAAAUCUCGAGAACCUACUUCAAAAGCCACCGCAAUAUAUUGGAAGGUGGUUCUGUUUCAAUGAAUGACUGCGAACUGGAACGUCGAUAG